CAAGUUGAUCUACACUCGGUCUUCUGCUGCCACACUGACCUGACGCACACGACUGAAAUUUGAGAGCAGAUUUUGGAAAUCAGAGCCACUUUGAAGCAGAUUUGUACUAAUAUAACAGAAGAAGAUGAAACAUUUUUUUACUUUCUACAUCUUUUCCUCGGUUUUACUAGACCAGUUUUUUGGUGCCACAUGUUUGGAUGAUGCCACAGCUCCAGGUGACAUUAUCAUUGGAGGAUUGUUCCCAAUACAUGAAAGUGUUAAAGAGGUCAACGGUACAUGGAUCUGUGACAGGUUCAGCACGGCUCGGCUGGUCCAGUCUCUGAUAAUGGUGCAUGCGGUGGAGGAAGUAAACAAGAGGCAGGUGUUGGGGAAUCUAACCCUUGGGUAUCGUAUAGUGGACUCCUGCUCUGACGUUACCACUUCCCUGAAAAAGGCCCUUUCCUUCAUGAGGAAAAACAAUACCAGGAGUGUUGCAGAGCAGCCCUCCCCACCUGUAUUGGCUGUCGUCGGUGGUUACCACUCGGAGAUAUCCAUUGCGGUUACGAGGCUACUCAACUUGGAGAACAUUCCUCAGAUAAGUUACGGUGCAACUACUGGUUUCCUGAGUGAUAAAAUACGUUUUCCAAGCUUUAUGAGGACUGUACCAGAGGAUGAUCACCAAGUGCGCGCCAUCCUCAAUAUUCUAAAAAGCCACCAGUGGACCUGGGUCGGUAUAGUGACAACGGAUGGUGACUAUGGUCGCUACGCAGUUCAACGCCUCGAGCAGCAUGCAAAAGGCACCAACAUCUGCUUCGCCUUCACUUCUGUUCUUCCAGAUGUUCUGCGUGACAGCCAACUUCAGGACUCUAUCAGUGCUACAGUCAAAAGCAUUACUGAAAAUACAAAUGUCAAGGUCAUUGUGUCCUUUGCCAAACCUAACCAUAUGAUGUAUCUUUUUAACCGUCUUCUCAAGGAGCCUAAAGGCAAGGGGAAAGUUUGGGUGGCGAGUGAUAAUUGGUCGCAAUCACCUAGCAUACUGAGGGGGAGGACUUUGAGUGAAGUAGGAACAAUCUUUGGGACCACAUUGAAAUCUGGAAACCCAACCAAAUUUGAGCAGUAUCUCAAGAAUCUUGAUGUAGAUCCUGAACACCACAGGAACAAUGUAUUCUUGUAUCAGUUUCUAAAGAAUCAGACACAACAAGGAAAAAGGGCGAAGCCAGGAACUGCCAAUGACACAGCCAUUGAGACAUUAAUCAAUAUGAUAUAUCCAUAUGCUGUGUUCAGUGUUGAGUUGGCAGUUGAAGCUAUUGGUCAGGCUGUUGCAAACCUCUGCAUCGAAAGGGACUGUAAGACAAGAGAGAGAUUACAGCCCUCUGAGUUACGAGAUGCCUUAAGGAAGCAAACGUUCACCAUGGAUGGGAAUAAUUAUACAUUCGACAAGAACGGUGAUCUUAACUCAGGAUACGAUAUCAUCUUGUGGAAUCAGAAAUCACCAACCACUGUGGAUGUGCACAAUAUUGUAGCUACUUUUAGUAUUAAAAAAAACCACACGUUGACUUUUAUCUCACAAGAAAAACAACAAGAAGUCACCAGUGUCACAGGAGAUGUGAUUUCCAUUUGCUCAAAUAAAUGUGCUCCAGGUACCAGGAAGCAGUCAGCUCAGGGCCAACCUGUUUGCUGCUAUGAAUGCAAAUCCUGUCCCGAGAACCACUUUUCCAACACCAGUGAUUCUACAGUUUGUGAUCUGUGUGAUACCAGGACCCAUUACUCCCCCAUGGGAAGUAAAACAUGUAUGCUCAAAGAAAUUCUGUUCCUGAAAUGGACUGAUAAGUAUCAUAAAACGCUUCUGGCAUUUACUGCUCUAGGUGCACUGCUUACCCUUGUUGUUGGGAUCAUCUUCGUUGCACGCUGGAAUACCCCAGUUGUGCGUGCAUCUGUGGGCCCCAUCUGCAUCAUCCUUCUCUUCUCUCUCUUGAGCACAUUUGCGAGUGUGAUAUUAUUUGGUGGUAAACCCAACAACAAGCAGUGCAAAGCACGGCAGGUACUGUUUGGCUUGAGCUUCACCCUGUGUGUCUCCUGUAUCAUGGUCAAGUCCUUUAAGAUCAUCUUGGCCUUUGAGUUUGACCCCAGCAUUAAAAGAGUCCUGAAUAAGCUCUACAAGCCUUACAUCAUUAUUGCAGUGUGCUUGUCAGGUCAAGUUAUAAUCUGUGCUCUGUGGCUUGCACUCAAGUCUCCAGAAACCAAAUGGGCCAAAUUGGAAAACACGAAGCGUCUGCUCAGGUGCGAGGAGACAUCUAAUGAGGCAUUUGGAGCCAUGCUGUGCUAUAUUGGUGUUUUAUGUCUUAUCUGCUUUGGUGUUGCUUUCAAAGGCAGAAAGCUGCCUCACAGUUACAACGAGUCAAAGUUCAUCACCUUUGCUAUGCUGAUUUACUUCAUCUGCUGGAUCAUCUUUGUCCCAGUUUAUGUCAAUGUCACAGGCCAGUACCUUCCAGCAGUGGAGAUGGUCGUCAUCCUCAUCUCAGCCUACGGCAUCCUGUUUUGUCAGUUUUUUACAAAGUGUUACGUUAUUCUAUUCAAGAAGGAAGCAAACACAGAGCAUGCGUUCCGCCAGGAUGUUAGAAAUCAUUCCUUGGGUAGUAUCUCAGAAAUUAACUCAUCUUCAGUGACCUCUAUAGGGAUCCAAAACCCUGCUUUUGAUGUGGAGUUACCAAUGUCAAAUUCGAUGUCAUUAGUUCCACUGACUGAUCAAAACCCACCCAUGGGCUCUGAUCAGUCAUCAUUGUCUCUUUCUCCAGUCUCCAACCCACAGCUCACUAGGCUGCAGAAUGACGACAGUUUCAAUAAGAAACAUUUAAAGAGAUAUUCGAGCUUGCCAGCAGUGAUUUGCAAGAGCUAAAAGUUUUAUUUUAUUUUAUUUAUUUUUUAUUUAUUGGUUUAUUUUAACAGGGACAGUGUACAAUUGAAAUGUUUAAAACUGCAGCACAAAAUGUAAUGCUUCAAAUAUCAAGGGCUGCCAUUAACAUUUUCAUUAUUGAUUAAUGGGCUUAUUUUUUGUCUUAAAAUGUCUGAAAAAUAGUAAUGGAAAAAUCAGUCCAAAAUCCAAGUAUUUUCACUUUGAUGAUUUCAAAAAGCAAUCCUUUUAGUUUAGGACCUGCUCCUCAGAGAAUUAAUCCUAAUGACGAUGAGGAUCAACUGACUUUUCACCUACCGCCACCAGCAGUUACAUUUUCUUUUACUGUAAAUGUCUUUAAAAUUUAAUUGCUAUGAAAUGUGCAACAAGGAUUCAUGUUCCUCUCAGGUCAAAUUGUAAUUGCUAGACUGCCUGUUUGUGGUUAUGUUAGCCUUAUGCACAAUCUGCCCCUGUUUUUAUUUAUAUAUUUAUCUUCAGUUUACAUUUUAUAUUAUCCACAGUAAUCAUUAUUCUUGCACUUGUUUUACUUUUUAAUCACCUUACAUUUGCACUACUUCCUUUACUCUGUUAUAAUAACAGCUCUCUGUAGUAGCUCUGCUAGCUACUUACUUUACUUUCACUUUUCCUUUUAUUAUAUUCUUGCGUGUAUUGGGGUUCAGUAUGUAUGGUAUAAGCUAGUGGAUGCCUAUCUAUUUUUUCUAUUUUAUGUAUUUUAUUCUCCCUUGUAUAAAGAAAUGUAAGAUUUCGAACAUUAUUUUUACAAAACCUCAAUAAACAGAAAUUUCAAAAAGAAAA